ACAGAAGAGCUUUCACUCAAAUCCAGUCAACAGAAAUCCAGCUGAAAGUCAAACCAAAAUCGCCCCCAAUUCUCAAACCCUAGCGCCACCGCAAUGCAGCCGGACUCCGAUCUCCCUCCCCUCGCCGCCAUCAAGGUCCGCUCCUCCUCCCCCCGCUUCCCUCCCCCGACCACCCCCCUCUCCACCGAAACCCCCACCGCCAACGCCCAGCGCAAGAUCGGCAUCGCCGUCGACCUCAGCGACGAGUCCGCCUUCGCCGUCAAGUGGGCGGUCAGCCACUACAUCCGCCCCGGCGACGCCGUCAUCCUCGUCCACGUCCGCCCCACCUCCGUCCUCUACGGCGCCGACUGGGGCUCCGUCGACCUCUCCAUCGUCGACGCCGACAACGAGGAGUCGCAGCGCAAGCUCGAGGACGAUUUCGACACCUUCACCACCACCAAAGCCUCCGAUCUCUCGCAGCCGCUCGUCGACGCGCAGAUCCCCUUCAAAAUCCACAUUGUGAAGGAUCACGACAUGAAGGAGCGCCUCUGCUUGGAGGUGGAGCGCCUAGGGCUUUCCGCCUUGAUCAUGGGGAGCAGGGGAUUUGGGGCUACGAAGAGGGGGAGCGAUGGGAGGCUCGGGAGCGUGAGCGAUUACUGCGUGAGGCACUGCGUCUGUCCUGUUGUUGUUGUGAGAUAUCCUGAUGAGAAGGAUAAUGCUGAAGGGGCUGUUGUUUCCGUGGCGUCUGCGGCCGAGGAUGAGGAUGAGCCUGAGUAUCAUGAUGCGUCUGAUGGUAGAAAAGGUUUGCCCUCUCGUCAAUGUUAGAUUCCUAAUUACAACCUUGCUUCAAAGCUCUAUUUCAUGGACACCGCACAAUAGAAGGCAUCUUCGUGAGCAGUAUUUCGUUCCAUCGUUGUUACUGCAUCCCAUCCUUAUGUAACAUUUUCACUUGUAUCCUAACGGUAUCUUAUGUGCUGAGUGUGCGAAACCAUGUCAUUGUCUUUUGUAAUAUGUAAAUCACUGUUAGUUUCUGUAUACCUCAAGAUUUCUUCUCCUUUCCUUUGUACUAUCAGUUUGAAUGAUAUGAGCUACAUUUGGUUAA